AUGAAGAGAAAUGCUUUUUUAGAUAACGACGCGCCCUAAGCUGCCAAUUAAUUGAGUCCUAUUAGCAUGCCAAGUCCAAAAUAAAUUAGUGGAAACUAAAAUAUUGCAGGCUUAGCUUAAAAUAAUUCAGAAAAAUAACUUGAAACAACUAAUAAAAAGCAAGAAAAGGUCAAGGUUUUUGUGCGUCUUAGACCAUUUUUGGAAGAAGAAUAUAAUCAGUGCAAGCAAUGCAGUAUUGAAAGCUUUGACUCAAAAAAUAAAAUAAUAGCUAUAAAAAAAGAUUAUGAAAAGAAGGUAUUUAAUUUUGAUGGAAUUUUCGAGCCUAAAGUUUCUUAGCAGGAUAUAUAUAAAUAAGUCGCAUAGCCUGUUAUUCAAAGUGUUUUGUAGGGGUUUAAUGGCACUAUAUUCGCUUAUGGUUAAACAGGAACAGGCAAAACUUUUACUAUGCUCGGAGGUUCAAAAGAUUAGGAUAUAGGCAUAAUUCCAAGAGGUUUACAAGAUAUUUUUAACUAUGCUGAAGAAGAUAUUAGCAAUAUUUAUUCUAUUUAAUUAAGUUGUGUUUAAAUAUACAUGGAAAUGCUCUAAGAUUUAAUCAAUCCAGAGAAUUAAGUUAUUAGAAUCAGGGAAUCACCUGAAAACGGAGUAUUUGUUUCUGGAAUAGAAUGGGUUAUAAUUCAAAAUCCUUAAGAAGCCCUUCAACUUCUAGGACUCGCUGAGAAAAAUAGGGCAGUUGCUUUUACAGCACUGAAUGCUUGCUCUAGCAGAAGUCAUGUUAUAUUAAUGGUUUAAGUAUAGAAGAGAAGCAAGAAGGUUAUUGAAGAGUAAUCAAAAUGCAAUAGUCUUAAUAACUCAUUAGUUCAAUAUAAUACUAAUUCAUUUUUACAAAAUGAGGAUCUUAAUGUUAUGAAUUAAAUUAAUAGCAAUAAUAACAGUAUUUCUCUUGUUACUUCGAUUUUGUACAUGGUAGAUCUGGCUGGUUCAGAGAGAGUUAAGAAGUCUAAAUCUACUGGAGAUAGAUUACAUGAAGCUAAAGCUAUUAAUAGCUCAUUAAGUGCUUUAGGAAAAUGUAUCUCAGCUCUUUCAGAUGGCAGAUCUAACUUUGUUCCUUUCAGAGAAUCCAAGCUUACUCGUCUUUUGUAAGAUUCUUUGGGAGGAAACUCAAAGACAUCUUUAGUUGUUACUAUUGGACCAUCAGCUAAGCAUUUGGAUGAAACAAUUUCCUCAUUAGCUUUUGGACAAAGAGCUAUGAAGGUUACUAAUAAACCAAUAGUGAAUAAACAGAAAGACUACUAUCUGCUUUCGAUGCAAUUACAAUAAGAAUUAGAUGGAAAAGAUGACUAAAUUCAUAAAAUGGAAAUAUUUUAAUAGUAAAUGGUAAAGAAAAUUAUGGAAUUAUAAGAGGACUUAAAUAAAGUGAAGCUUGAUAAAUAAGAACUAGAAGGAAGUUAGAGACAUUUAAAAUAGAGCUUAUGCUAGGGAGUUAAAUAACAAGAUACGAUAGUAUUGCUCGAAUAAUAGAAAAAAGUUGAAGUUGAAAAUAUUGAAAAAAAAUAUUAAGAACUUUUAAAACAAACUGAAAAUGAAUUAAAAUCUUUUUUAGAAGAAUUCGAUAAAACUUCUCUUGAAUAUGAAGAAGAGAUAGAUCAGUUAAAAGAAUAAAAUAUAAAGUACUUACAAGAUAUUGAAAAUUAUGCUAAGCAAACAGAGUCUUUAAAUGACUAGCUUAAAUAAAAGAAUGAAGAAAUAGUCAACUUAGAAAAUACCUACAAGAAUUUGGAAUCAGAAAAAGAAAACAGUGAACAAUAGUUCAUAGAGCUAUCUUAGUAAUUCAAAUUAAUUGACAAUGGCUAUAAAGAAAGGGAAGAAAAUUACAAGAAGCAAAUAAAAAUGAAUGAGCAAAAAGCUAGUUUAAAAGAGAAAGAAAAUGUGUCACUUAAAGAAUAGCUAAAAUAAUAAGAAAAUGCAUAAUCUUAAGCACUUAAUACCUUGAAGGAAGAAAUCUAGGAAUUGUCUAAGCAAAAUAAAGUGUUAUAGGAAGAGCUAAAUAAGAAGACAAUAUCUAUUUCAGAGAGAGAAAAGCAGCAUUUACAAGAGCUUGAUAUAGUCAAGAGCGAAUACACAUCUCAGUUUGAUUAUUUAAACUCUGAAAGAGAAAGUUUGAAAAGCUCAUUAGAGAAAGGCAGAGUUGACUUGGAAUAAGAACUAAAAUAGGCUAGAGAGUAAAUUGAAAAACAAAAACAAGAGAUAGUUGAGUAUGAAAAGAUUGUAAAUGAGUCUAAUGAAGAAAAGAGUAUGAUGAUGCAGCAAUUAGAAAUUAAGAUAGACGAACUUAUUUAGCAUAAUAAAAGAGAAAUUGCAUCUAUGAAAAAAUAACUGACUGAAAAAGAUUAAUACAUUUAAAAUUAAAAGAAUUCCUAUGAAUAACUUUUGAAUAAAUAUAAUGAACUUUAGGAAGAUUAUGAAGAUUGCUAAGAGUAGCAAAGUGAAGAAAUAUAAAAAAAUAAAAAUUUAAUAAAAGAAAAAGAAGAAAAAUUAUAAUAGGUCUAAUAAUAAUUAGAGGAGUAAUUGUAGGAUUAUGAUUAGAAAUCAAGUUCUUAUCAGAGUUAAAUUGAGUAGCUUAAUUAAAAUAUUGAGUAACUUAAUCAAAAAAUCGAGCAACUUAUUGAAUAGAAAUAGUAAAUGGAAAGUUAAUUUGAGAUAGACAUAGAGCAGUACAAAAAUAAAAACUAGUAAGAUUUAGAAAAUUUGAAUAUUAAAACAGCCUAAAGCUAGCUUUAGAGCGAAGCUAUCUUGAAAUAGUUUAACUAAUAAAUAGAAUAACUAAAUUUAACUAAUAGUUAGAAAGACUAGUUAAUAGCUAAACAAAAAGAAUAGAUAGAAUAAUAGACUGAGUAGCUUGAUAAGUUAAAUACAGAGCUAUCUGAAUAGUCUAGUUAGUUAAGUUUGAUUUAAAUAAAUAACUAAGAAUUAAUAAUUCAAUUAGAUGAAACAGAGAAACAACUCAACACUCAAAAAUAAUAAUUAAAUCACUCAUAAUAACAAAUAACUGACCUUAAGAAAGAAAUUUCUAUUUUGAAUCAGGAAAUAUUUGACAGAAAGAAAGAAAUAGAAUCAUAUGUCAAAUCGAAUAAUUAAUUUGAAUAGAAAAUUGAGUAGCUGAAGUAAGAGAUAGUUGUCAAAGAGUUUUAGCAUGAAAAUGAAAUACAAGAGAAAAAGGACAUGCUUCAAGAGCAUUUAAUUCAAUUUAAAGAUAAAGAAGAAGAGUUAAAGUAAGCAAGAGAAGAUAUUAUCAAUGAAAAGAAUAGCUUUGAAGUUGUUCUUAAAUCCAUUUAAAAUCAAAAUUCUGAGCUAGAAUAAAAAAUUGUUGAUUUGAAAAAUGAUAAAGAAAGAUUAUAAUUAAUUGUUGAGGAAAAGGAAAAAGUCAUUUUAGAUUUAUAAAGUUAGUUAUAAGAAAAAUGUUCUUAAAUUUAGCAGAUUUCUGAAAUAUCCAGUGAAAUAGAAACAGCUUUAGAGUAAAAACAAUAACAUAUCUAACUUCUGCUUUUAAAGAACACCUAAGUCGAAGAUUAAAUAAAUAAUUUAAAGGAUUAAAUUCUCGAUCUAGAAGAAAUAAAUAAGCAGAAUGUUGAGAAACAAGAAAACCUUCAAACAUAACUUUAGUAAAAAAGCAUAUAAUAAUAAGAAUAAAAUGAAUAAAAUGCAGAAUAGGUGUGUUAGUUAAAUGCUUAAAUAGCACAAUUAAAUUAAGAGCUUGAAGAUAAAAUUAAUAAUUUAUAAAAAUUAAAUUAAACUUAUUUGGAUUAAAUUAGAGAAAUAAAAGAAAUUUUAGAUGCUAAAAAUAAUGAAAUCGAGUCUUUGAAAUUAAGUUAGUAAUAAAUUGAAUUAUCUAUGGGUGAACUUAAAAGCAUUUUUGAAGAGUCAGAGUCAAAUUUAUAAUAAAAAAAUACCGAAAAUGAAAAUUUAAAGGACAAGAUAAAGGAAUUAACAGAAAAAGCUAAUGAAUAUGAAAAUGAAAUGAAAGAAUAGAAUGAUGAAAUUAAUCAAUUAACUGAAAGUAAUAAAGAAAUUUAAGGUUAACUUCAAUCUGAAAUAGAAAAUUUAAACCAAUAGCUUGAAUCUCAUUAACAAGAAAUAGCAGAAUUGAAGGGCUAAUUGGAUAUUUAAAUCCAGUUAGUUUCUGAAGGUGAGAAUUUAAAUCAAAAUUAAUAACUUGAAAUAGAAUAAAAAAUUGCUUAAAUGAUAGAGUAAGAAAAUUAAGUCAAGCAAUUUUAAUUAAAGGCAUAAAUAAAUGAAGAGCGUAUUAUGAUAUUAGAAAAAUAAGUCCAAGCAAAGUAAUAAGCAAUUGAGGAGAAAAUGGAAGAAAUCAAGAAACAUAAAGAAAAUGUUGAACAGGUUCUCUAAACUGAAAUAAACGACAAAUAAUCUAUUAUCAAUGAAUACUAAGAAAAGUUCAUUGAACAAGAGAGUUUAUAAAAGUAACUAGAAGAUUAGAUAGAAUAAAUUGUCAAUUAAUAUGAAGUAAAACUAGAAACAAAGCAAACAGAAAUAGAAGAGCUAUAAAACUAAUACGAAGAUUUGCAUAAUUAAUUUGAAGCAUUUUAAUAAGAAUCUAAUGAACAAUUUUAAUUUAAUAUCAAAAAACUUGAAUCAUAAAAUGAAGAAUUGAAAGAAUAAAUUGAAAAUCUGAAUGAAAAAAUGUGUUUAGAAAUUUAAGAUAAAGAAUAAUAAAAGUAAAAUAAUGAAAAUCUUUUAAGUUAAAUCUAAAGCAUUAAAGAUGAAAACUCUAAAAAAAUAGAAGAACUUGAGUUAAUAAUAAUUAGUGAAAAAUAACAAGUAGAAUAGUUGAAUUUAAAAAUUAGUGAUUUGAAUCUAUAAAAUUAAAAAUUACUUGAGUAGUUAAAGCAAGUUGAAUUAGAGAAUGCUAAAAAAAUUAAUAAUCUGUAAAUUGAUUUAGAGGAUAAAAUUAACUUGAUUCAUGUUUAGACUCAAUAAUUAUCUUGCAUGAUAAUUUAGAAUGCUUUUAGAAGGAUUUAAAAGUAGAAAAUAAUUAAGAGAUAUCUUAAUCAACUAGCUUUAAAAACAAGGAAAUUAAAUGCAGAAUAAAAUAAACUGGAAUAGGCCGAAAUAGAGAAUAAAAAAUAAUAUGAUUAAUUGCUUUAUUAAGCUGAACUAGAUACUUAUUUGCAAGAAUAAAUUAAAAAACUUAAUGAGUAAAAUGAUGAAAUUAAUUAAAGAAUUUAACAAUAGGAUUAAAUUUUAUAAGAAAAUGAAAAACAACUUAAAAAGCUAUAAAUAGAAAAAGAUUCUGAUACCUAAUAAAUGAAUUUUUAUAUUGAAAAAAUAUCUAAUUUAAAUUAAGAUAUCAAGGCUAAGGAGGAACAGCUUGCAUAAUCUUAUGAUGAGUUAUCUAAUUUAUCAAAAUAAUUAAGAAUUUGCACAAAUUCAGUUGAAGAAUUAUAAUUCUAAUUAAAGAAUAUUAAGUCAUAGUCUGUGCAUGACAAUAUCGAUUUUAAAGUGAGAAAGAUAUAGAUUACUUUCUAGAAACACUUGCUAAGAAAAGAAUUGAAUGCUGCUAUAAGCAAUAAUGAAUAGCUUUAACAAAAUGUAGAUGAUUUAAUUUAGAAGAAUACUCUCUUAUAAUAUCAAAAUGAAGAAUUUAGCAUUACAAAUAAAUAAGCACUUGAUUAGAUUUAAGACGAAUAAAAUAAGAUAGUGGAAUUAUAACUCGAAUUGAAAGAAAAAAACACCUGUAUUGAGAAAGUCUAGCAAAUGAUUGAAAAAAGGGAAACAAAUUUAACAGAAUUAGAAAAUAAAAUUAUCAAUUUAGAAUAGCUGUAAAAAGAAAAUUAAGUUAUCAUAAACCAAUAGUUUAAAUAGCUCAAUGAAUAAAAUUAUAAAUUUAAAUGUAUGAAUUCAAUUAGAGUUAUUUCAAAGUUUAUUGCUUAAAAAAAAUGGUAACAAACAGUUAAAAAAUUAAUGGGAGCAUUUGCAAUUUAGAAGAUUCAUUUUGAAAAAUAAAUUGAAGUUUUAGAUGAGAAAGUUGCUGGCUAUCAAAUAAUGAAAUUAUUAAAAUAAAGAGUUUCUGAAUAAUAGCUAAACCAAUAUAAUAGAUUAAUUAUAGAAAGACAAAAAACUAUUGAAUUUUUACAAUCAUAAGUAGAAAAGGAGCAAUACAUAUUCAGAAAAGCAAGCCAAGUUUAUGAGAGAGAAGUUAGUGCUAGAAAAAUACAAUCUGCUUAUAGGUUAUUCAAGGUUAAUUAGAUAUUAUACAGAUAUAAAUAAUAGAUUGAUAAUUUGAGAAAAAUAAAUUACGAUUACAAAGAAAAAAUAGACAGACUUUAAGAAUAACUCUAUGAUUUAGAAGAUGAAAUUGAAAAAGAAAAAAGUGUUAUCUCUUAAUAAUAAAAUGAAUAAGUCUUCCAAGAGAGAGGAUUCUUAUAAGAAAACAUAAAUUUAUUAAACACUGAAUUCAAAAAAAAUGAACCUCAAAGAGGAAGUAGAGAAAAUUAGAUUUCUUCACUAUAAAAAUCAGAAAAAACACUGAAGUAAAAACUGAAAGAAUUAGAUUAAAGCUGGAAGAAUCAAUAUACUCAUUUAGAAAAUAAGCACUUAGAGCUUUAAAAAGAUAAAUAAAUACUGACUGAAAGUUAUGAACAAACUCUUGCUAUAAUAAAAAAAGAUAAAGCCCUGCUCAUUGAGUAUUAAAAUUAAAUUGAGAUAAAUAGAAGAUAAGAUAAAGCAGCAAGAAUUAUAUAAAAUUAUGUUAAAAAUAGAAAGCUUUAAUAAGAACAAGAGAAAUUAUAAAAAGAAAAAGAAGAUCUUUCAAAGAUAUUCAAGUUAAAAAAUGCUUAGACAGGUUAAUAUUUAUUCCAACAAUCUUUGAAGAAUGUUAAUUAGAUUUUUACUAACCUAAUAUAAAACUUUACUAACCCAAACUAGUGA